AUAAAAUGUUUUCUCAAAGUCAGUACACCUGGUCAAAGGAGAGCUUGCAUACUGGUAGUCUCGAAGACUGUAAGGAACUCUGCGAGAGAAGGAACAUCAAACCAAGCCAGCAGUGUGCUAUAGCAGCUCUGAACAACAACAGCUCAUUUAAAUCAUUUGAAGAUGAUGCGAUUUCUGUUCCUCUGUGUACUGCUACUGCUGCCAGCUGCCACCGUGCUUUCAGAAGACUUAGAGGGAUCAGCUGAUGAUUCAGAUGAUGAAGAUUUUGUUAUGAGAAAGCAUAUUCCCCAUGUUGAAGGCUCCCAAGCUGAAAAUGAAGGUACAAAAGAAAAUCCAAGUCAAAUGACUCUGAUCGUCAUAUCUGUUGUGGUUGCAGUAGUGGCUCUGUCAAUCAUAGCAGUAGCUGCUGUAAUGUUGAUGAAGAGACAAAAGCUGAAACAGCAGCAAGGGAUUUACUCUGUACCCACUGAGCAGAACGAGAAAGGAACCAUCUAGUUCCUGGCAGCGCAGCAGCUCUGCACCUUAAAGCCAAGCGAGGAGAACAGGCCGUUAUCUCCCUCUCUCUGACUCAGGACACCUGAACUCAGUUGCACCUCAGCCUGCUUAUCACUGUCCACUCUCUCUCACAUUCCCAUAAACAUAUCUAACCUAUGCAGUAAGACUUUUUUUCUCUUUUUUUUCUGUUGUGCACCAUUUUCUCUGGAUCCCAGCUGUUUGUUCUCCAUUUAGUCAGGGAUUUUUGGGAAAGCAUUCAAACGGUUUUUUUAAUUGGAUUCUGUUUGAAGAAUCCAAUUUAAAAGAGGAACAUGUGGCUUGCAGCUUCGUUUUGUUAAAAUUAAUGAUUUAGCUCAGCCAAACCUUCUCCUUUUUUUCCAAAAGCAUAAAAUGAUUGACCACUUAAGCAGAGAAAACUGUAAUUGUGUUUUGAUUUGGUGCGUGUGGAACAGGCCUGUCUGUGAAAUGGUCGUUGACUGAGACAAACCCUGCUAAUCCGCGCUAAGCCAGCUGAAUGCUCACUUACUUUCUCAUUCACUUGUCUGACAUCCUCUGUUCCUGGCCCAACGGGAGGCACUGUGAAGGCAAAACCAGCUCUUCAUCUUUUUUUCCAAUGAUGCAAAAUAAAAAAUAAGUGGAUACACCAGCUGAGCACACCUUUCAGCUGUGAAAUAAUCAGCCACCAUAAAUAGUGUUCAGUUCCCUCCCCUUUUUGUUUUUGCAAAGCUUCUGUCAAGUCAUGCAGAUUGUAAAAAAACCUUUCAAAAACCUGCAAAGUGUAAUUCCUGCACUGGGAGCAGAAAGCUUGCUGAGAGGGAGGGUAGAAAACCUAUGGUGGGAUGAGUUGGAAAUUACAAUAAUUUUUUUUUUCUAUUAUUAUUCUUGAUGGAGGGGUGCUGGAUUUACUCACAUAACAUCAAUUACACUAUAUGCAGGAAAGCUUUCUGUCAGAAAAUGUUUCAGAUGAAGUGCGACAACCCCAAAACCCUUUGAAACAAAACGUGUUGAAGCAAAAAUCUAUUUAUUUCUAAUCAAUUGUGUUAAAAAGAACAUUGGGUAUUAAAAAAAAAAAAAAAACUGUAAAAAUGUAUCUGGUGCCAGGCAUUAGCUGAAGAAAAGAUGCCUAUGAAUUGGUAUAAAACAAAUUAUCCGAUUGGUUUUAACUGCCUAAAUAUCAGCCACCUGCAUCAUUUAUUUCUGACUAGCCUUUAAUGCGUCAGCAUUUCAUUGAGGCACAGCAUAAACUGGAGUACAGAACAUUUCAUUUUUUUCGCCGAGGAAAAUUUUAUUUCCUGAUUGUUUUAUGUGACACAAUGUUAUUUCCUUCACAUUUUAUUUCCCUAAAAUGUAGAAGGAGGUUUCUAUACACUUGCUACCAAAUGCCUUAAUAUCAGAUUAACUCUUUGGAGAGCCUCUUUGUUGUGACACUACUCAUGUAAGAAAAUGCAAUAUGUGUAGCAUUUAAGCUUUUUAUCAUUAUUUUACAAGUGAAAAUCUGUCCUUUAGAAAUGUCUUGUGCAUUAAAUUUAACCUGUUAUGACUGCAGCAGUUUAUCUGGAAGAAUUAGUAGUAAUUGAUUUUGAAAUGAUGUUAUGAAGCAUUAGUUUAUACAAUUAGGAUAUGCUGAAGUGAUAAAAGCAUGCAGGUCAUAAGGGGUUAACUUUAAAUUGUAUAUAUUUACUGGGUGAUGCGUGUCCAUUUUUCUUUUCUAAGAAAAAAUGGUUUAAAGGGUUGUUUUUAAGGAAUUCCCAUGAUUAGAGAGUAAGUCCCGUCUUAAAUAUAUAUUAGUGUUAUAUCACAGCAAUAAUUAAAUUUGAACUUCAUGCUAAGUAAUUGUAUUUGUAUAUGCACUUUUUUAUAUGUAUUUCUAUGCCAAAGACAUUUACUGGGGUAUGCAUUUAAUUUCCAGAGCUUGUAAAUGAUGUAUUAUCUGCCAAGAAUACCAUAAUCAUUUUUGCACAGCUACAGACACCUUUUAUUUUAUACUUUCAGUAAUUAGAAUGGGGAAACUGCUGUACAUAUAAAAAGAUAAAUGAACUCUGGAUUUUUGCCUAUUUUGACAUUAAAUGUGCUAGAAAACC